AGGGUAGAUGCUUUUGCAUAAAAGAAACUUAGAUGUUCUAAAGUCUGUUGUAUUAGAGAUAUAAGAAGUCUCUGCUAUGAUCUCAGCCUAUCGUGCCAAGCGCUUGCAAGUGCAGAUAGAUCAUGAGUCAUUUUGCUGUCCAAUAUAUACAACCUUAAAGCCCUCACCAUCACUGCAUCUUAUCGUCUAUCUCCUAUUCACACUCUGCACGAGUAUAAUUUAUUCAUUAAUACCUCUGGCCUCUGUUCCACUUCACCAUGACUUCAACACCUCGUCCUGUCCAAUCAGUGAGCAACUCCGAGCUCUACAAUCGGUGGGCAAAAGUAUAUGACACAGAUGGAAACAUCCUCCAAGCAAUCGACGACGUCCUUCUCCCACCUCUCUUGGACCAAGCUUUAAAUCACUUCUCAUCAUCAGCACCGAUCACAAUCACGGAACUAGGCUGCGGCACUGGCCGGAAUACAGCAAAACUCCUUCUCCCAUCCAUCACCUCAAAUAUCAACAUCACAGAGAUCAAUGCCUUGGAUCUCUCUCCUUCUAUGCUCGAAGUAGCCAAGCAGAGAUGUGAAGCUUUGUUAGAUUCCACCGCUGCGAAUGCAACCUCUGCUCCACCAACACUUAAUUUUCAAGUCUUCGAUGCUCUGGAUAGUUCGAGUUUAACAGAAUCCGGUCUUGAGGGAAAAGCAGAUCUUGUGCUCUCGACACUUGUCCUUGAGCACUUGCCCUUGGACACCUUCUUCAAGACUGUAACCAAAUUCUUGAAACCAGGUUGCGUAUUGGUAUUGACGAAUAUGCACGCUGAUAUGGGACGAAUGUCUCAAGCUGGAUUCGUGGAUCCGGAAACCGGAGAGAAAGUGAGGGGAACGAGUUAUGUGUAUAAAGUGGAUGAAGUGGUACAGGAAGGGAAUAAGUACGGGUUUUAUGUUGUAGGGAAAGUUGCAGAGAGGCAAGUCACAGAGGAAGAUAUUGGUGAGGCGCGAUUGUUGGGGCCGAGAGGGAAGAAAUGGAUAGGCGUCAAUGUUUGGUUUGGCAUGGUCAUGCGCUUGCGUGUAGAUACCGUCUGAGGGUUGAUGACAUAAUAAGAAUAACGAGUUGAUAAAGCUCCGGAGUGAAUGAAAGUGC